UUCCAAACUCUAAUGCGAGAACCACCAUGCAAGGCUGAGCCUCUUCAUCAACCCUCCCCAUUGACUUCCUCCUCAACGGCCUCGGGUGAGAUCAAUUCAAGGGCAGCAGUGUCUUCGAAGGCGAACAAUCCCUUCUUGAGUGGGAUCUACACAAAAUGGUCCAAUCGCUGGGUCUGCCCAUGUGCUCGAGAAGCCUGUAUACAUGGUGUUUCACCCUGUUUUGCUUGGGACUCCUGGCUCUACUGUACGUCAGGCUAUUGAGGGAUGAUCUCAUCUUAGUUCUCGGUCGAGUCGAGAAACAUCCGGCUAGGCGCAAACAUAACGCACUGGUUCUGGCGAAGACUAGCUCUGAAGAUGUCACCUGGGCUUAUGCUCUCAAGCCCCAUUGGAAACCUUACAUCUACACCUCCGACAAAGAGCCUGGAUACCGCCCUAUCCCGGCGAACAAGGCCCGCGAAGGCAUGGCAUACCUGACGCACAUCAUUGAACACUACGACUACCUUGCGGAUGUUACGGCCUUCAUGCAUGCCUCUGCCACUCAGUGGCAUAACGAUGUCGGCGACACAGCGUCGUCCGCUCUGCUUCAAAAACUCAGCCUGGACGCCGUGAAUAAGGCUGGGUAUGCGAAUCUCCGCUGUGAGCACCGCCCAGGAUGUCCCGUAGCCGUGCGCCCCUUUGAUCCAGCCAUGGAGUCAAACCAUAACGUGGUGUAUCGCAACUUCACCUCAAUCUACAUGGAUAUGUUCUCCGUGCCGCGGGAGCAGGUCCCUACCGAGAUCGGUGGGGUCUGCUGUGGUCAGUUUGUGCUCACAAGGGACCGGAUCCGGGAGCGGCCACGAGAUGACUAUGUGCGAAUGCGCGACUGGGCUCUGGCGACCGAUAUGGAUACUUUUGCAGCGGGGUCAGUCUUCGAGAUGCUCUGGCAUAUCAUCUUUCUUGAGCAGCCAGUUUCAUGCCCCGAUGUCCAACAGUGUUAUUGUGAGCUUUAUAAUAUUUGCCCAGAGAUCGAUUCUGGCUCUUGAACCACAACUUCCGCUUUGGCACUUUGUUGGACUAAAACUCCGGCGUAAGCUGAGUAAGGUCUUAUGGAUUCUCCUGAUGCGACCAUCAGUAUUGAGUUGGCGACAUGCGUAUGCGUGUGAGACUGUUGCGUUCGACUCAUCACCCGCCAGUAACUAUGGUAUUACUACACAGCCUCGCAGGAUUCAGCUGUUCGGGCCUAAAGGACGCCUGACCGCUCCAAGCAGCCUCUUUCGCCUGCAUUAUGUCAGCGCGCCGGCCUCGCCAUGCCAGACUUAUCAGUCUGCAUCGCCUUUGCGAGCAGAUAAAUUGAUCGUCGACGGAGGCACUGUCUACUCGGGUAGUUUCUCCUUAUUGC